UCAAAAUUUCCCACAAGCUAGGUCACUUUUUUAUGAAACGAAACCCUAGAUCACAACCGUAACACAUGAUCAAAAUUUCCCAAUUCGAUUGAAAGCCCCGAAACCCUAACAGUUUUUGCAAUGAUUAGAAGAAUACUCCCUUCAAUAUCCUCAGUUUCUUCUCAUUUCCUCAAGACCAAACCCAUCUGCAGCCCAUCACCACUCCACCAUUUCCAUUCCCUGCAAUCUCUCCAAUGUUCCAACCCCAUUAGCAAAAAUGGGUCAUUAUGGUUUCAGGGUAUUAGGUCUUAUAGUCUUUUGAGCUUGAAUGAUCUGAAAGACAAUGUUCCCAGAAAACAGAAGACGAGGAAAGGGAGAGGGAUUGGGUCUGGUAAAGGAAAAACGGCUGGGAGAGGACAUAAAGGACAGAAAGCUAGAGGUAAUGGCAAGUUGGGAUUUGAAGGAGGGCAGACCCCUAUGCGGCGGCGUUUGCCUAAACGCGGCUUUAAGAACCCUUUCAGCCUCACUUUUCAACCGGUAGGAUUGGGAAAAAUUGCCAAGCUUAUAAAUGCUGGGAAGAUAGAUUCUCAUGAAUUGAUCACGAUGAAGACACUCAAGGAUGCUGGGGCCAUCGGGAAACAGAUAGAGGAUGGAGUAAGGUUGAUGGGUCGUGGUGCUGAACAGAUCAAAUGGCCAAUUCAUCUCGAGGUGUCAAGGGUGACUGUUAGAGCAAAGGAAGCAGUCGAAGCUGCGGGUGGAUCUGUGAGGAGAGUUCAUUAUAACAAAUUAGGGUUGAGAGCUUUGCUCAAACCUGAGUGGUUUGAAAAGAAGGGCAGGUUGUUGCCAAAACCAGCCAGGCCUCCUCCGAAAUUGAAGGAUAAAGUUGACAGCAUUGGCCGCCUUCCUUCUCCAACAAAACCUAUCCCGUUUUUCACUGAAGAGGAGGCAUCUGCCUCUCCUGCUUUGUAGACAGAUGCUUUGUUUGUUGGUUGAACAGCAAGAUUGAUAUUCAUAAUGAGUUAUUUUGCAAUCAGAUUUUGUUUUCUCGGA